CUCCAGGGGGCGCUGUCGCGAGACCCGGCGGCAGCGAAACGCGUUUGAACUUGGCCCCCGCCGCUGCCCGUAGCCGGCGUCUCCAACAUGGCGGCUGCCCAGGACGUCCACGUCCGGAUCUGUAACCAAGAGAUUGUCAAAUUCGACCUGGAGGUGAAGGCGCUCAUCCAGGAUAUUCGAGAUUGUUCAGGACCGUUAAGUGCACUUACUGAACUGAAUACUAAAGUGAAAGAGAAGUUUCGAGAGUUGCGGCACCGAAUACAGGAGCUUGAGCAGGCGGCUAAAGAGCAAGACAGAGAGUCAGACAAGCAAGUUCUGCUGCAGGAGGUGGAGAACCACAAGAAGCAGAUGCUCAGCAAUCAGACAUCGUGGAGGAAAGCGAAUCUCACUUGCAAGAUCGCAAUCGACAAUCUAGAGAAAGCAGAACUUCUCCAGGGAGGAGACCUCUUAAGGCAAAGGAAAACUACCAAGGAGAACCUGGCACAGACGUCCAGCACCAUCACAGAGAACCUCAUGGGGAUCAGCAGGAUGAUGUCCCAGCAGGUACAGCAGAGCGAGGAGGCCAUGCACACGCUAGUCAACUCCUCCCGGACUAUCCUGGAUGCCAACGAAGAAUUUAAGUCCAUGUCGGGGACCAUCCAGCUGGGACGGAAGCUCAUCACAAAAUAUAAUCGCCGAGAGCUGACGGACAAGCUUCUUAUUUUCCUUGCCCUGGCCCUUUUUCUUGCUACAGUUCUCUAUAUUGUAAAAAAGCGGCUCUUCCCAUUUUUAUAAGAGCCGAGAGCUGCCAGCGUAUGCCCUUUAAGCUCCGGUGUCAAGAUUCCGCCAGACUCCUGAGCUCUGGCCCAGGCUGCCAACCGAUCCACCUCCCCCGAUUGGUUCCAGUUGCUCGGCAGGUCGGAUGCAGACGGCCCCCAGGUUUUUGCAGGUGUCUGCCUUGUAAAGGAUGAGCAAAGCAAGGGAGGCCUGUCCUCAGGGCCCCUACAGGGACACACGGACUCCAAGAGCCAUGGCACACUAUGGGUGGCUGCUGCGUGGACCGCCCUCUGGGAUCUGAUGUUCCUCCUCUCUCUCCCUCUCCCACUGUGGCCUUCAUGCCAGAUUCGGUGGAGGGAAGAGAGAAGGGGGCAGGGGGAGGAAGGAAACUCUGGUCCAUUCCUUGAAUAAACUUGACUGUUUAAUGGAGUGAAAUGCAGUUGGCGUUGCAGGGUUUCCCUCUGGGAACCGUGUGCCUCUGUGUUUGAUGUCCAGAUUUCUAGGACAUGAACUUUGAUCAUUUAUUUGUUCAUCCAGCAAAGCAGUGUGGCGCCAUAGGCGCGCACAGUGAGUUGUAGACAUGACUGCUACGAAUACACUGAGAAAGCAGCCACGGCCCCUCCCUCAAGGAGCACGGAGAGUGAGGCCCCACAGGCACUGGAAGGAGCACGGCAGCCCCGCUGGAGGAGGCUCACCGACCCCUGGAAAGGCUGAGGCAGACAGCCUCUGCACAGCAGCCCGACCUGGGCUGGCCUGGGGGUGCAGUGUCGCAGGGGCUGGCCCACACCUUUCUCUUUGAGGUCCAGAGCUAAAUAUAACCAAGGAGAGUGAAGCUGGUGAUAAGCUGAGGCCUGUCUGGGCCUGAGUUCUGUUGAGGCCAAGGGGAUAGGGCCCUGGCUCGGCCAGGCUGGGGAUGUUAGUGUCUCUCUGUGCCAUAGGCCUGGCUCACCUUGCACAUGCAUCCCAGCCUCCCCACUAUUUAUAGCCCCAGAGGCCCUGGAAGGGUAGUGUGGAGGCAGAGGGGAGAGUGGGAAGAGCGUGGACUUUGAAGCUUGGCUCAAGGACUUGGCUCUGAGUCUUCACUACUAAUGGACCACAUGGCCAUGGGCAAGUGACCUUAUGUCCCUAAGCCUUAAGUUCCCCACCUGUACCAUGGGGCCCAUAGUCGACAUAGACACUCGCGGAGUCCAUUCGAGAAUCAAACGAGAAUGUGCAGUAGCAAGUACAGCUUCCGUGUGACUGAGCAGUGGCAUUUCAAGAUGCAGAACUCUGGGCCCGAGGGUUCUGUAGCGACAGCCGGGGCUUUGGGGAGAGCUGGCCGGGCACCGGAGUUCUGUUAGAUGUGUUUGGGUGGCAGGGCCACAGCUAAGGCCUCAGGUCUGAAGUGCCAGCUGGUCAUGGGACCGUGUUAGGAGACGCAGCACACUGCAGGCUGACUAGUUUCCUGAGUAGCUCUGGAGUCGAAGUGUGGGCCUGUGUUUACACCUUAUAGAUACCAGCCUUAGACAACGUAUGGCCCCAGAAGACACUGGGUGUAAAUUGGGCGCCCAUGUGUCUUAUUUAUAGUCAAGUUAAAGCUGAGACUAAAGCACAGAUGGGAAAUUCCGCUCAGAUUCCAGCUGUAAGGGCAGCAGAUGGGUGUGAUCAAGUUAGGAGUUUCUCGUCUUAACGUUUUUCUUUACUGCUUCCCGCUGAUUGUCAACAUCCUCCUCACAAUAUGGAACGUGUGGGCUCCGUACUCCUCAAAAUUCUUCCUGUGACACUUUAUUCCUCUCUUACUUGCCUCCUGAAAAUAGUGUUGAAUUUGACCCAUUUUGAAAUGUCAUUGAUAACGUUUGUCUUACAACUGCCAUCAGCCCUUGGGGUUAAGAGCCGUCCCUUGCACCGCUGUGCAGGAAGUGGCCGUCCCCACGUUCAACCAUGAGGGGGCACUGUUCACACUUGCUCUAUGGUCUUGGCGAAUGUAGGACUAACCCCGUCGGUCCAUGUGAAAUGCUCUUAGGGAUUUUUAAAAAAACCAAAUACCAGGUUUUAAACAAAAGAAAUGUACAAAGCUUACUUUUAUAUCUAGGUUUUGGAAGACAUUGCAUAGAUCACUUUCCACUGUUAAACAGUAAGGCAAGCUUGUAUUCAACAUUUUAAUUAGCUGACAAGGAAUUAAAAGCAUAGAGCCGUCAA